AUGGGACCGGAUGGUGCACCGUUCGCAUCAUUGCACCGGUUCGGAGUGCCGUGUUGGCGGCACUGCUACCCGGUGCUACUGAUGCUGCUACUGCCGCUGCUGGUGCCCCAGCCGGCCAAUGGGUUGCCCAUCACCUCCAAACCGCUCGACAACAACCCGGACCACCUGACCUGGGAGGCGGCCUGGCUGUCGGAGGACAACAGCCGCGGUGCGCUCCCGAUGAUCGGGGGAAAAACGAAGAAAAUUACGCCGAAAUCGAUUUUUAUCACGCCGUUCCUGAACAGCUACAACACGUCCGCCUGUCCGCCGGACUUUAAGGUGGACUACAACGGCAAGUGCAUCCAGGUGGUGAGCAUCAACACGGCGGACAUUCUGGUAACGAAGCUGCAGAGUCUGUUCGCCCAGCACGGCCAGGACACUGGCGGUCCGGGUGGGGCGGGCGGCGAAGAUGACUACGACUACGAUUACGAUGCGACCGGACCGUACCAGGUCAAUUUGCCGCUGAGCAUUGAUCUGUCACCGGAACUGCCGGUGGUGCCGGCGGUGUCCCAAGGACCCAAGCUGACGUAUCAGGACAACCUGGGACCGAGCUUCUACGACAGUGCGAUGGUCGACAUUGCAACCGUCGAACAGGACAAGGCCAAGAUAACGACCGUCUCGGUGGACGGUGCCUCGAACAAGCCCUUUCUUGCGACAACUGCCGCCACCAACGCGGGACCGGCAGGAACAACCUUCAGCAGCAGCAGCAGCAGCAGCACCGGAAGCAGCACUGGUUCCGAUCAAACCGGAGCCGAAAGUGACAUCUCCUUUCUGGCGUUCGAAAGUCUACCGAACGGAACACUCGCUGGUCAGAUCGAGCUGGACGGGCACAAUCGCACGGUGGUGCAGAGCAUUUUUGUUUCGUCCACUACACCGGAUACUCCGGCAACCGGCGACGGUGGCGGCAGCAGCAGCACAACGCAGUCUGCUACUACCACUGAGCUGGAUACUGAACCCGGUACGCCAACUGAUCGCGUUGGUGACACGGUGGCUACUGAUGCUACUAUGGCUACUGGCACGACCCUAGGUAGCACUGUACCGGUGCGAGGUGAUACGAUGACGACGACGACCGCUUUCGAUCAGGAGGAAACCUAUACGAUCGACAGGGAGGAAGCAUCCAGCACUACGCAGAAUGUGGCCAGCAGCACCCCUACCGAGGCUGGUACCGCUGCAGCACUCCUUCAGUUCGACGCGGACCCAGAGGAGACAUUAAAGCUGGAGCUGGCCGAAGAAUCGCUGCUGUUGGAGAACAAUCACAGCUCGACGGUUUCGGUGGAUCUCUCGACGACGGACGUAUCCGACAUGAUCGACCUGGACACGGUGCCCACCUCGGAGACGGAAUCGAGUGACGAGCCGACGAUCGUGACGGGGCAGGAAGCAAGCACGACGAAGAGCUCCGACAACGGAGGACUGCCGCCGUCAGCAUCUACAAAACCGUCGGUACAGAUCAUAACACCGAUCCGUGGUAACUGGGAUCUAGGGUUUAUGGGCGGAUCGCCGGUUCCGGCGCAGUUGGUGGCUGCUAGUCACGUUCAACAGGAUCGCACAACGCGCGCCACUCCCGAAACUACCACAGUGGCCAUCGAACGAUGGACUGAGCAACCACCAAAGGCACGCAACAGCAGCGAGACGGACAGAUCGAAAGCUGCUGCUGCUAACGAGCACCCGAUCGUAGCGGAGGGAACCACUCGGUUCAGGUAUCAGCUCCCCACUUCGACGCAACUGAGUCCAGCGGCAAUACCGGUCAGUAGCACCAGCUUCGCGCUGGAAAUAAAGCCGAUUCCAACGACUCCACCCAACAACGACCGCUACAUGGAGCAGCUGCGAAAAAUCAACGAAAUCGUGGCCGAAAAACGUCGCCUUCAGCAGCAACAGGAACAGCAGCUGGCCAGCUCCUCGAGCACGCGCAUAAGAUUCCCGUCACGUGACGAUGAGCCACUGCGAGGGGCCGAAAGCGUUAGCCACUAUCAGCAGGCAGCCGGAGCGGUGCGGUUCCCCGGGACAGCGACGAACCGUUUGACACCGAGCGGUAACCGCUUGCCAGACAUCUUCCCCAAGAAAUCGGCCGACAGUACGACUCAGCGGCCCGCCUUCUGGUGGUUACCGUCCGGGUGGGAGGUGGACCAGACGGGCAACAAACCGAUGCUGCUGCGCUUCUGGUCCCGCAUGCCGCUGGUGCGCGAUAGUUCCGCGCCCCCGGCGUCCGGUACCGAGAGCCAAACGGAGCACCUCUCCAACAACAAUCGAUUGCGUUCGUCCAGUAGCUUCCAGCAGCCACAACAUUAUCAACAGCAGCAGCAGCAGCAGCAGUUCAGCAAUCAUCUCCCGGCAGCCACCGGAGCAUCACAUCCGGUCGCUUCGGCAAGGGGUAACUCGAAGAGUCCUAGCGAGAACUUCUACAAGGAAGUUUCCGCCCAGGAGGUCUACAAGGUCAUGAACGCUCGGCAGCUUAACCACCGCAAGCGAUAAGCCGGCAGCGCAGCCACGAUCCUUUCGUAUGUCGAUCCCUUGCCUGCGUGCAUCCAGGAGCAGGCAACCUUAACCAAAGUCCAAUAGCAGGCUACACGAGUCCAGCUUUAAGUAUUACAUAGUGUCCAUGUCUACCAGCGAAAGCUCACCGAGGCCACCGCGGUUGAAAGGUGGCCUCGGCCUCCCCCCUACAUCAAUACCCUCUGGCGCGUCUGUGUACGAUCCGUAGGGUAGGGUAGGGCCUGGCUGGGAUCAUAUCCUGCUGCUGUUGUGUUGUAAGUUAUUGCGUAGUGUUACUAGCGUUGGCCAUCCAGCCGCCAAUCGUCUGAUCCUUCGCCGAGAGACGCGCUUCUAGGCGCGUAUAACUAUCAGGCUACGUCAGGACAUCACGUCAGAAGACGACUUCAUCCUCCGCGAGCCACGAUGCGUUAACGAUGCGUGUCUGUUGUACAGUAAGGUUCUCGCACCGUGGUUUAAGUUCUGCUGACGCUUCCGCUAAGGAUGUUACCCUCAGCUUCCGUUUCACUGCACGCUUAAUUCCAUUCCGGAACCGGACAAUCUGUGAUAUUGUGUUUCAAAGUUGCGCAUUCUUAUCUGUUUGUGACCGACAACUUUACCUUUUACUCACGCCUUUUUCUUUUAGUUUCGUGUUAUUAAGCUUUACGCCCCAGCAAAACCAGCCAAACAAUCGACGCAAAAGAAGUAUUUUCGCACUAAGAAAAAUACUAAUCUUUUAGAGCUCGCUGCCAUUAUUUUACUACCACCUGCUACCGCCUAGUGUUACGACUACUUAUUAUUUUCCUGCACGAAGCGAUCGGGCUCGCGGUAGGUGAAGUCAAGGAAGCCCAAUACAAGGGGGGCCCACCGUGUAGCGGCAGGGGUCCGCAGGCGAGGAAAGAUCAGACGAUUGCCAUUUGAUGUCCAUGUACCAAGUAGGGAGCGCAAGCGCUACAUACCCAAGCUGUAGAUGUACCGGCGUACGGCCUCUCGCCGGAACAUGUAGAGCAGAAACGAGAAACUCUAGUAUUGUACACCCCCUACACCACACACCGCCCACCCAGUCCAGUGCUCGUUCUGCGUGCGCCUUCCGGACGCUUGGCAAGCAAACGAGCAGGAGUUUGAACUCUUCACAAAGAUCCUCUUCCGGCGGGUGGUCACAGCCCAGAAUAGCCACAGCUCUCCAGUACCUUCCGUUCCGUUCCGCAUUCCCGGACUACAUUGUACAUAGCUACGAUAUUUACCGUAUUAUGAAGUUUUGUGUUGUAGAGUUUAGCGUUAGAGAUAUAGUCCCUAAGCAUUAAUCCCGUCUUAGCACGUACGUCGUAAAAAGGGACGCGGACACAAUGCGGAUGACGUAAAGAACCGUUUCACUCCCCGUCACUACGAGCAGGAAGCGCAAAGGUGUCUGGUGUCGUCCCGACUUACAUUUCCUCCCCUCGAAAUGUGUAUGUUCGAUGUGUAGAAUGGCCCCUUUGCUGCGCCAUUGAUACAGUGCAGAGGUUUCUCCAUACAUAUGACCGGGCGGAGGGCAGACCCGUUACUACUUACUCCAUUUAAUCCGUAGGAGAUUGUGCUCAAGUUUAUCACACGAAAAGGCGCACACAUCGACGGCCAUCGAUCGAUCAAUCGACCAGCGGGCCGCGAGAAAACCCUUGCAGAGUACCCGCCUUAAUAACGCACAACCUCCCCCCUUCUUGGGGGGCGGUUUCAGUCCCCGGUUCCCGGCGUGUAUUGGGUUUGGAUUAGGAGCGAUACAAAGAGGAGAGAUCACAGUGAAGCAGUGUGUCGCGAUGUAUGUGCCAAAUAUAUAUGUACAUGUGUAUGUUUAACAAACGAAAUCGAUUGUCUUCAUUGCUGCUUGCGGUGGUUGCGGAAGGAGAAAACGGAGACGAUCACACCAUAGUAUCACACCCAGCCGAUCAUCAUGGAGCUCAAUAUCCUUACUAUUGGUAUUGUACAAAGUUUAUUUUUCAGACCAAAUCCGUGUUGAAGCGCUCAGCGAAUUCUGUUCUGUCCUUUAAAUGCUUUAAACAUAAAAUUACGGCAUUACGACGGCAUUGGUUUUAUUGUAAAUAGUGAUCUGAAUUGAAAUGUAGCGAUGAGCAGGAGCAAUCAAAUGUGUUUGCUGUCUAGUGGACACUUGUAUCUGUCUGUCUUAAAUGUCCUGAGAGGAGGUAACACAGUUAAUCCCCGCUGUAGAAAUAGAACCGUAGAGAAGAA